CUCUCCUCCAGUCUUCUCUAACAAGUUUUCUUCCCUCUCCACUGAAUCCAAAUCGGAUCUACCAAAAAUGGGUAUUUGCAGUUCCUGUGAAUCAACAUCUAUUGCUACGGCAAAAUUGAUACUACAAGACGGAAGAUUACAAGAGUUUCCUUAUCCAGUAAAGGCUUCCUACCUGUUACAGAAAGAUCCGUCAAUAUUCAUAUGUAAUUCCGACGAAAUGGAUUUCGGAGAUGUGGUUUCCGCCAUAAGCGCCGAUGAGGAGCUUCAACCCGGCCAACUUUACUUUGCGUUGCCGUUAAGCAAACUGAAACGUGGGCUUAAGGCGGAGGAAAUGGCAGCAUUAGCUGUAAAAGCUAGUUCUGCAUUGAACAAUUGUGGCGGUGAGAAAUACGGUUGUCGCCGUAAAGGUUCAGAUUUCUUAGUAGAAAAAAAGGGGAAAAGGAGAGAUAAUAACGAUUCCGCCGCCGCCGCUGCGGAAUUGAGAAGAGCGAGGAGUACUGGUGGUAGUGGGAGGAGAGGGAAGUUUACGGCGAGGUUAACUGCAAUACCUGAGUAGAUUUGAUUUUUGGGGGAAAUCACACUGUUCAUUUUAAUAUUUUUUUCAUUUUUGUGAAUAUAGUAGAAAAUUAGUUGAGGUUAAUAUUCAAGAUCUGCUCUCGGAUUAGUGAGUAGUUCGAAAUUCGGCAUCUAUUUUUUCAUUUUUUAGAAUAAUGUGUAGUUGUCAUCAGUUAAUAUGGGGUUGUAUCACAAUUUUACCUCUAGCUCGAUUGAUUAGCAAAUAUUGGAUUAAAAUCUAAA